GCACAACCAUGGAGAAGGUCGAUCGUUUGACAGAAUUGCCUGAAUCUAUCAUCCAUCGAAUCAUCUCCUUCUUGUCCUUCCAUGAUGCUACCAAAACUAGCAUCUUGUCCAGAAAAUUUAGGUCUAUAUGGUAUUCAUUCCCUACCAUAUGGUUCGACGAGAGCCACCAGACAGGUAAGAGGAGUGUAGAGAGAAGGUCAAAGAGAAUAGAUACAUUCUUGAGUUAUGUGCAUGAUUUUCUCCGUCUUCGUGAACCCAAUAUUGCUUUACAGGUAUUCAGGUUUCGUGUUGCUCUAACUUCUGAUUUCCAUGAUAAAUCAGACGACCGCAUUGAUGCGGCGAUUAGUUAUGCAUUAGAGAAUUAUGUGAAAGAACUUGAUCUUGAUGUUGUUGGAGACUACAAUAAUUCUAGGUCCUAUUAUCGUUUGCCAUCGGCAGUUUUUUCCGCCAGAUCAAUCGCUGUUUUGAAGUUGAAAGGGUUCAAGUUAAUGCCGCAGGAUUUGAUACUGAGCAGCAAGCUCAUGGAGUAUUUGGCUAUCCAUGGAUGCAGCGGGAUGAAAACCCUCAAGGUUUCAUGCGAUAAGCUCAAGUUUGUCAAGAUAGAUUCUUGUGAUAGGCUUGAGAAAAUUGAGAUGGCUGCUUCAAAUAUGGAAUCUUUCUCGUUUGAUGGGACGAGAAAAUAUGGGGAAUUAGGGUCUUUUGAUAUCAAUUUUUCUGCAUGCAUAUCACUCAAGCAUUUAUCAUUAGAGAAUACUCCGAUUACAGAUGCAUGUCUUACGUGCGGAGUUUCAGGGCUUUUUAUGCUUGAGACCUUGAUUCUCCGGCACUGUAACUCGCUUGUAAACUUGUAUCUUUUCAGCCUUGAACUCAAAACGAUGGAGUUAGAAAACUGUUCCCGCUUAAAGAAGAUUGAGGUUGUUGCUCCUAACCUUGAAUCUUUUGUAUGCAACAAUGGAGAGUUGAAGACAUGCAUCAUCAACAUUGAGGCUUGCAAACUUCUUAAGAGUAUAGCAUUGCAGGGAGUUCAGAUAACAAGCCAAUGGCUUGAAAAUAAUGUCUCUGAUGAAUUGGCUUUGCUCGAAGAUGUGAAGUUAUUUGGGUGCAAUAUCCUAGGAAAAUUUAAGAUUUGUCAUAAGAAGCUGAAGAGCUUUCAGCUACCCCAAUGUCAGCUGGAAGAGGCUGAAAUUGAUUCAAGGAAUCUAAAUUCAUUUGUGUGCAGCGUCGGAUCAGACCCUAUCAGUCUAGCGGUUCAUUCCCCGCAAGCAGAUGUUAAGCUUUUCUUGGAAAAUAGAGAGAAUUUUGUCUCCACUAAUUGGUUCUUGAGGUUGAGAGAUGUUCUUGCAUCCAUGGGCCAUUGCAGAGAACUCAAGCUCGUUUGCAAUUCUGAGAAGCCUCUGAUGGUUCCGGAAGAUUUAAGGGAAAGUUUACUUUCUCCAAUGUAUGAUCUGAGACGUCUGAAAGUGGAAAUCAUCAGUAAACCAAUGGAGCAACUCGUGGACUUGAUAGAUAGUUUGCUUUGGCUUGCUCCUCAUCCAAACUUCAUAUCUAUUCUUUUGGGUUCCAAAGAAAAAACCUUGAAGUUAGAAUACUCUCUGCGAGUGGCCACUGAUGAAGAUCCAUCUUGCUGCAAGUCAAGGCUAUUUAAGUGCUGGCGACAUUACUUGAAAGAAGUUACAAUGGAAAACUUUGAGACUAGUGAAAAGAACAGCCUGCAGAAGUUUAUAACAGAAAAUGCAAUGCGAUUGAAGGCAAUUUACGACCACUAAUGCCUACAAAAUAAGCAAACAUUAGUGUCAAUGAAGUUGCAGAUGAUUCAGUGCAUAGAUAGCCUGGUUAUUCAGUGAAGUUCAGUUAGCCUCCAAGACUACAGAUGGGAAUAUAUAAGAGCAUAGAUGAUUUGCUACCGAAGAUUCUCUUGCUUUUGCUGAGAAUGCUAGUCCAGAUCACCCACAGAAGUCUUUCACAUUUUAUUUUAUAUAUAUGACUGCAAAUCUUUAUUAAAAACUUCAGCUUGUGAUUGUUUUUGGGUGACAUUUUAGUUUCUCUCUUUUCUCCUGAUAUUGUGAACUAAAUAAAUAACAAGUUGAGCAGAAUUCACUAAGAUUUUAGAUAAUUGGUUAACUUGCUGAUGAGAGAUAAAAGAAUAGGUUAAUAAGCUUCGGAAUUUAUUUAAAUCAAACUAGAUAAAUCAGUUCAUAAAGUUUAAUAACAGGUUAAAAUAUCCCUUGAAGAACUUAUUUUUAAGCUCUUAUGGACUGCAUAAGCCCCAUUUCUUCACUACAUAGUUAUCUUGUAAACGCACAAUUCCUCUCUAUCCCUCUCUCCUUUCCCGUUUGUUGCCGCCAGCAGCAUGCUUUCUUCUUCUUCUUCUUCUUCUUCUUCUUUCCCCUUUCUAUAUUACCUUAUGAAAUUUUUUGGUUUGACGCUUCUCUUCUCCCAAUUUAUCUGGAUUUAUGCCUUGGUAUCAUUGCCUUAGGGUGACUGCCGCCAACAUGGGUCCACGGAGAUGCAUGCAUGAUCCGGCAGCUUUCCGGAG